GGUGGGUCUUUCGUUUCUUGUGUUCUUGGGCGGCUUCUGGGUCAAUGCGAAUUAGAUAAGGCAGGGGUCUUUCUUUUGGGGCAGAAGAGAGGAAAAGGAAGGAGCUUUUUGGGAGAAGAAGGAAGAAUAAAAGGUGGGUCUUUGAUCAUGGCGGUCGCUGAGAAUGCUGGGGUCAAGAUCGGCGCGUCGGGUCAGAAUCUGGACGCUGCUGCCCUGUCGUCUGACGGGAGCGCUUCGAGCGAUUCCGGGAAAUCGGAGCCCAGGAGCGAUGCCGCGACCCGGCUCGAUCGGCCCGGCAACGGCAACGGCGACGAUGUGAGCAGCAGAGUCAUGGUCGCCAGGGGCAGUAGAAAUGGUCAAAUGGGUCUGGUGAGGGACGGGCUUCGCCGGAACGGAAGUAAUUUCAGGUCGAGUGGAGUGAACGACGUGAGGGAGCUGGUGGAUAUGUUGUCGAAGCUGAAUCCCAUGGCUGAGGAAUUCGUGCCUCCUUCAGGACCUUCACUGGGUCAGACCUUUGCUUAUUUAGCUAAUGGCGGCUUUGGCUAUCCCCAGAAUUUUGUGUUGCAGAUUGAUGGGGUCGAUGGCAAUGGACAUACCGGGAGACGGAGGAAGAGUAACAAUAGCCAGGGUAAGCGGCGAAUAAAUAGUAGAACUAGUAUGGCGCAGCGUCAUGAGGUAAUUAGAAGAACCGUGUAUGUGACUGACAUUGAUCAACAGGUAACUGAAGAGCAACUUGCAGCUCUUUUCAAUAGCUUUGGGCAGGUUGUUGACUGUCGUGUAUGUGGCGAUCCAAGCUCUUGUCUCCGGUUUGCUUUUGUUGAGUUUACUGAUGAAGAUGGUGCAAGGGCUGCUUUGAAUCUUUCGGGGACUGUUCUUGGUUUUUAUCCUAUUAGGGUUCAGCCUUCCAAAACUGCGAUUGCACCUGUUAAUCCAACAUUUUUGCCAAGGUCCGAGGAUGAACGCGAGAUGUGCUCGAGAACUGUUUAUUGCACAAACAUUGACAAAACGAUUACUCAAGCAGAUGUUAAGCUCUUCUUUGAGUCACUCUGUGGAGAGGUUCACCGUCUGAGGCUACUUGGAGACUACCAUCAUUCAACUCGUAUUGCUUUUGUGGAGUUUGUGAUGGCUGAAAGUGCAAUUGCAGCUCUUAGUUGCAGUGGUGUGGUUUUGGGAUCUUUGCCCAUAAGGGUGAGUCCAUCGAAGACCCCUGUCAGGCCUCGAGUUCCUCACUCUCCAACGCAUUAAUUAUCAUCUUUCUAGGACUUAUCUGCUGAUGAUAGACAUUUAAUCACACAUACAUAGGUACAUAGUCACUAUAUGGCACUUGCAACGUGCAAUGUGCCCGCUUAUCUAUCUGUAUCCUUUCCUCCAUCUCAGCCUGAUCUGUUCGGACAUGUAGGACAACUUCAUGUUUUGUUUGUUAAGCAUGGAGAGUUUGAAGAUCUUGAGAAUAUGAGUGGUCUAGUGCAUGUUGCAUAGUGCAAUGGAGUUCUUGCUAUUUUCGGUGGAACGAUUGCCCCCUGGAGGAUUGCUGUGAUAUUUGAAGAAACCCCAAAAGUUUUUAUUGUUUGUUUGUUCCAUUUGUGUAGUUUAACUCCUGGAUGUUUUGCCGUUGACAUAUGAGCUGUUAAAUGAAUUUGAGCUUCGGUUAA